AUGGGCAUCGCGAGCGUCGGGGACAGACUUCGCAUCCUGAAUGCAGUCAAGACCCUUCGACAGCGCUGCUCAUCCGUCAACGUGGCCCUCACGUCAAUCAUGAACUACCCCAGGGUCCCAGACCAUGCGCGUACGUCGAGCAUGAAUGAUGACAUCAAUAGCGCCCGUGCGCAUUCGCGUCGUCUCGAGAGCGGUCGCCCUGCACCUCUGCAUCUGGCGCCUGCAGGAGGUUCUUCGGAUCUGCCUCGCAUCAUUCGCGAUGGACAAGACGCAUCCCGGCACCAAAACGGUGUCCGGCUACUGCCUCAGCCUGGAAGCUCUUCCUCGCAUUCUACGCCGACGACCGCACAUAGCGUCCGGCCGAACCUCCCGCCUCUCCCUCCCCCUCCCCGUGGCCAACCUCCACUUCCACCCAACCCUCGUACACCUCAUACGCUCCUGCCGAGUGGGCUCUCUGGCAGGCGUACACCUGUGCAAGCCGAAGCAUCACCCUACUACCCCCAGCCUCCGCAUGGGUCCAACUUUCUUACCCCAACCACACAGUCCCAGACGCGUGGCCCGAAUCGAUCACAUUCUCCUCUGCCAUUCCCUACCAUCCAGUCAGGACGAAGCACACCGCCAAAUGCAAAUCCUGCCCACAACAGAAGCGGAUCCUAUCCUGCGCAGCCAAAUCCGCAUAUCAAACUGCCACCACGUCCUUCAACUGGUAAAAAUCCCUAUGCGCAGAGUUCACAGCAGAAUCUUCUCUCACCCAUCGAGGAAUCAUCCAAGUCCCAACGCGAUGUGAUGCCUCUGACCCCGUCUUUGCAACCCGCAGGUGCCUCAGUUCGGAAUAGUCCCGCUUCAAACACCCGGCCUACCACACCUUCGUCACAUACACCCUCACUCGAUGACCUUAAGCGGAAGCUGGUCAAAUUCACGCUUCCAGGCGAAGGCAAGUCGGUCACAAUCAAUGUCACUGAUUGUGAUGGUGGAGUCGAAGUGUUAGUGAGAGCAUUGAAGAAGUUCAACAAACUCGCGUUACGAGGCGACUCAAAAGGUGCAGAGCAUGUUGAGAUGGAAGAUGGCGGUCUUAGUGUCGAUGGUUGGGUGUCUACCUGA